AUGGAAAAAAAAUCGAAGGAGUUGAGUUUUACCAAGAAGCUUGAGAAAAUUUAGAAGUAUAUUGAAAAGCUUGCGAUAGAUAUUAGAAAAUGUGAAAAUAUCACAAAAUAAUGUGAUCACUACACAAAGAAAGAAUAUCAUAAAGUCAAAGCUAAAAUUUUGAAUUUAAUUCUAAAGAUCAGUCUAUAAAUUGAGGAGUAUUUUAGCUUAGAAGAAAAGCGUAAAGUUGAUGCUAAAAUAGUGAUUGAAUCUUAUAAUUCCUAUGUUUAAAAGAUGAAGGCGAUAGUUGAAAGAGAAGAUUGUUAUUCAUUUAAAGCUAAGGAAAAGAAGGAAAUAAAAUAAUCUGAAUAGCAAAAUAUGAGUAUCAAAAAUGUAGAAUAGAUGAGUAAUACGAAUCACUAAAUUAAUUUUGAGGAAGAAAAGAAAAACUAUUAGGAUUUGGAUUUUUAGUUUGAGGAAGUAGUUUGUAUGACCAAAAAGCAAUCAUUAGAUAUUCUAAGUGUAGCUGAGUAUCAAGAUGAAUCAGAGUUAACAGCUGAUUAAUUAGAUAAGAUUACAAAUAUUGUCUCGAGUGUAAAUUAAAUCUCAAAGGGGUAACUGGAAUAGAUAAUUAAAGCUGAUGAAAAAAUUAAAAAGAUUGAUACCGAGAUUUAAAAUGCAACUGAAGAUACAAGAGUUGCAGGAAUAAAUAUCCAAAAAGCCUCCAAAGAAAAAGCUAGAGGAAUAAAGUACUUCUUAGGAGGAGUUUUAGGAGGAAUAGGAGGUGCUUUAGGAGCAAUAUUUGGUGCUGGAGUAGGGGCUGGAGUUGGAGUCGGUGGAGGAUAUGCUGUUGGACAUUCGAUUGGAUCUAAAAUCGAAAAACUUACAAAAAAGAAAUAUGGAAAUAUUAAGUUUUAAGGUCCAUAGAAACCUUUAGAAGUAAUACCUUAGACUGAUCAAAUAAACUUAGAGAGCAGUAAUAUAUUAUAGUGA